UGGUAUAAUUACCAUUCAGUGUAGUGUGGUUUCUAGGUGUGGUCCCAAAGGAAUACUUUUGAACAAAUCAUUAGCCAUACACUUGUAAUUUCCUGUAUUUUUCGAUUGUUGAUUUAACAUGUAUUUUGCUUUCUUCUCUAGGAGCAGAUAAGAAUGCUGAGGAAGACUCUAUAACCAGGCUUUCCGACAAACCUGGUCCUGAUGAUUCAUGGCCUACAUCGGCUGGCCAAGACUUCGAUUUUGGUACCAAGAAUGUCCCAAAACCACGCAUAGCAAAGCUACUGCAUUCUGCUUGGCAAUUUAUGAAAAACAUGAGAGCAAAUCGUGGCACUGUGAAACCAGAAGGUGGAACCUUAUCUGGACAACAGUCCUGAUUCUGAAAAUAAAGAUAUGGCUGAAACUCUUUCCAAACCACCAGCCAGAGUUUAUGGUGAUCCUCUUCCUGUUUUACCAUCAUCGAAAUCUCUUCUGAAACCUUCUCUCAAGACGUUAGCUGUCCUUGGUCUUGCAAAGGUGAAGCAGAUCAUGGAGGAGGCAGUCACACGGAAGUUCGUCCACGAGGACAGCAGCCACAUCAUCUCCUUCUGUGCGGCUAUAGAGGCCUGCGUCCUGCAUGGGCUGCGGCAGCGGGCGGCUGGCUUUCUGCGCAGCAACAAGAUUGCAGCUCUCUUCAUGAAAGUGGGCAAGAACUUCCCACUGGCCGAAGAGCUGAGCUGCAAGGUGCAGGACCUGGAACAGCUGAUGGAGAGCGCGCGAAACCAGAUUCAGGGCCUCCAGGAGAAUGUGCGGAAGCUGCUGAAGCUGCCCAGCCUGUCCCCACUUGCCAUCAAGCACCUGUGGAUCCGCACUGCUUUGUUUGAGAAGGUCCUGGACAAAAUUGUGCAUUACCUGGUGGAAAACAGCAGUAAAUACUAUGAGAAGGAAGCCCUCCUGAUGGACCCGGUGGAUGGCCCCAUCCUUGCGUCUUUGUUGGUGGGGCCCUGUGCCCUGGAGUACACCAAGAUGAAGACUGCCGAUCACUUCUGGACUGACCCCUCGGCCGACGAGCUUGUCCAGAGGCACCGCAUCCACAGCUCGCACCUGCGGCAGGACUCACCCACCAAGCGUCCAGCCCUCUGUAUCCAGAAGAGACAUUCAAGUGGCAGCAUGGACGACCGACCAUCCCUUUCUGCCCGUGACUAUGUUGAGUCCCUGCACCAGAACUCCCGGGCCACACUCCUCAAUGGCAAGAACAACGUUCUGGUUCAGCUGAGGGAUGAUAUGGAGGCCGUUCCAGGGUACCUGUCUCUACACCAGACAGCUGACGUCAUGACCUUGAAAUGGACGCCUAACCAGCUGAUGAACGGGUCGAUGGGGGACCUGGACUAUGAGAAGAGCGUCUACUGGGACUAUGCUAUGACCAUCCGCCUGGAGGAGAUUGUAUACCUGCACUGCCACCAGCAAGUGGACAGCGGUGGGACAGUGGUGUUGGUCAGCCAGGACGGGAUCCAGAGGCCGCCGUUCCGCUUCCCCAAGGGGGGGCACCUCCUGCAGUUCCUCUCGUGCCUGGAAAAUGGGCUGCUCCCUCACGGGCAGCUGGACCCUCCACUCUGGUCUCAGCGGGGGAAGGGCAAAGUAUUUCCCAAAUUGCGCAAGCGAAGCCCUCAGGGUUCUGCCGAGUCCACGUCUUCGGACAAGGAAGAUGACGAGGCCACAGAUUACGUGUUCAGGAUCAUCUAUCCCGGCAUGCAGUCUGAAUUCGUUGCUCCCGACCGCUUGGGCAGCACUCCCCCAGUCUCCGUGAGCCCUGCCUGGACGGUGGUUCCUGCCGGCCGGUCGGUGCUAGUGGUGGCCAGGGGCAGUCAGUGGGCACGAGCCAGAUGGGACGCCACCUUCCCCAUGCCGGGUCCGAAGCAGCAGCCCCCCACCCCCCAGGACCUGAUGGAUGUCUCCGUGAGCAACCUACCGCCCUUAUGGCAACCCAGCCCCCGGAAAUCCUCCUGCUCAUCCUGUUCACAGAGUGGCUCCGCUGAUGGUGGCUCAACCAAUGGCUGCAACCAUGAGAGGGCUCCCCUGAAGCUCCUCUGUGACAAUAUGAAGUACCAGAUCCUUUCCAGAGCCUUCUAUGGAUGGCUUGCCUACUGCAGACACCUGUCCACUGUGAGGACCCACCUGUCAGCCCUGGUCAAUCACAUGAUCGUGUCUCCAGACUUGCCCUGUGAUGCCGGACAUGGGCUGACGGCCAGGAUCUGGGAGCAGUACCUUCAGGAUAGCACAAGUUACGAGGAACAGGAGCUUCUACGCCUCAUCUACUAUGGAGGCAUCCAGCCGGAGAUCCGCAAGGCCGUGUGGCCCUUCCUCCUGGGCCACUACCAGUUCGGAAUGACAGAAACAGAAAGGAAGGAGGUUGGUUACGCCUGAUGGGCAGUGGGGUCUUUGGCAACAAAAGGAGCUGGGUACUGUGGGGAUGGAGGUGCUCUGGUUCCACGUUGGACCAAGAUGGCACAGGGGAACAUGGGGGAGCCAGGAAGCUCCAGGGCAAUGCUGCCUGGUAGAAAUACAACACAAG